UCAUGCACAGGAAAACCAAAAGCAUUUGCUACUCUGUGUGAAGAACAAUAGAGGUGGCUGGUGCGUUGUGAAGGCAAGUUUUGAUGAGGUGUGAUCCAGGAAUCGUCAAGGGCGUCUGAUGCUGUGAGCCGUGGAUUCACAUUUACUGUACAUGACAAGGGGGUGAUCAUGUCCCUGCCAGAGGAGGAUCUGACGUGCCCCGUGUGCUGUGACAUCUUCACAGACCCUGUCCUGCUGUCAUGUAGCCACAGCUUCUGCAGGAUCUGUCUGAAGCGCUGCUGGGACACAGGUUUACGUGAGUGUCCGGUCUGCAGGAAAAAAGCCACCAAGUCCAACCCCCCCACCAACCUGGCUCUGAAAAACGUCUGUGAGGCUCUGCUGCAGGUCAAGAGCCAGGCGUCUGUGGCACUGGAGGAGAAGACAAACUGUAUCCUGCACGGGGAGAGGUUGAAACUCUUCUGUCUGGUCGACCAGCAGCCCAUCUGUGUUGUGUGUCAGUCAUCUAAACUUCACAAGACCCACGAAUGCUUGCCCAUAGAAGAGGCCGUGCUGGAUUGUAAGGAUGAACUUGCUUUCACCCUCAAACUCUUGCAAGAGAAAGUGGACAGCCUCAAAGAAAUUCAGCGGACCUCCACGGACCUGUCCAAGUACAUCAAGAAUCAGGCGCUAGAAACACAGAGACUGAUCAGGAGCCAUUUUGAGCAGCUGCACCAGGAGCUCUGUCAGGAGGAGUCAGCCAGAUUAGCAGCUGUGAAGCAAGAAGAAGAGGAGAAGGUUGCAGGGAUGAAGGAUAAGAUCAAGGAACUGUCCGCAGAAGUGCUGUACCUCGUAGACACCAUUUCCGUCAUACAGGAGCAGCUGCAAGAAGAGGAUAUGAUUCUGUUGAAGAAUUUUAAAGCCACUCAGGACAGAAGCAAAAGCAUUGUGAUUGGUACAGACAACAUGUCUGGAUUACUGAUUGAUGUGACCAAUCAUCUCUGCAACCUCAAGUACAGAGUGUGGGAGAAAAUGCUGGAACACAUCGACUACACUCCGGUGACUUUGGACCCAAACACAGCGCACCCCUGCCUCAUCCUGUCCGACAGCCUCACUUCCCUCCACUACGCAAAGCAGCCCGGCUGUUGCCCUGACAACCCUGAGCGCUUCCACAUUAGUGCCGAAGUGGUAGCCAUGAUGCCGCUUGGUUCAGGAAGUCACCACUGGGUCGUGGAGACAGGAAGUAAUCAGGACUGGCUCCUGGGCGUGGCCUCUCUGUCUGUGCCCAGGAACACUGAAGUCUCCGCUAGGCCUGAAAAUGGCUUCUGGACUUUGUGUUUCCGGGACAGAGAGUUCAGGGCGAUGACCUCUCCGCCCACCCCGCUGACACUCUCAAGGACGCCAAAACAAAUCAAAGUGCAACUGGAUUACAACAAAGGGACAGUGUCUUUUCUUGACCCUGCUGACAACACAGUUAUUUUUGCAUUUGCCCACACGUUCACCGAAACUUUACUUCCAUAUUUUUACACACAGAGCAGCCAUCCACUUAGAAUAAUGCCAGAGAAGGUACUUGUCACAAUGUUGCGUCAAUAACUGGAUGAAUGAAUAACUUGUUGUGUAGAAAAAGACCACCUCAGGCCAGAGAUGAAAUGGUCUGGUUGUCAUGGUAAUGUCUUUCACAGACGACAUAGAAAAUAUUCUUUAUUGAAGUCAUUUUGCUGCUAGCCAGGCUCUUUCCAAGGGUCCGCCCAUCAUGAACUCCCUAAUUAACCCAUUAUAUCUAGUUUUUUAAAUAACAAUGAGCACUUUUUUAUAGCAAACUUACAAAGUUAUGUACAUGCAUGAAAACAGAGUAUCGCAAAAAGACAGGGAAAAGUUAAAAUUUAGGAAAAGAAAAGGAUAAAAGGGAAAAUUCUAGAUAUGUAUGUAACAAUAAUAAAAUAAUAAAAUAAGGGUAGAGAAACUGAACAAUCCACUGUUCAGCAGGGGUAAAUGAUUGUGGUAUGUAACUUCCCUGAACCUGUCCUUCAGACAGCCCCCCUUUAACAUGAAAAACUGCUUUAGUGGCGCUGUUCUUACCUUUGGAGAGAUCUGUGUUCGCCCAGUUUCAAGUCUUCGUGCUAAGCUAACAUAAACUCCACCUACACACUGAAGCUAUGAGGGCAAUAUAUUGAUAUUCUUCAUAUUCCAUAUUUUGCUGGACUGGGAUCAAAGAGAGGUUUCUAACCUGUCCAGCAUCAUGCAUCUUAAGAAAUGUACCAUACCACGCACGAAACACAGGCAAACCCUCAAAAUCCUGUCCCUGCACACAUGUGGGGACCUUAACCUCCCCAUAGAUCAGUGUUCAUUCAGGUUCAAGUCCCCACCAGGAUAUAAAAACAACCACACACACAUACCUAAUUUGUGCAGUUGCAUGUUUUGUUUUCCAGUGAAAUUUCAGCUUCACUUCAGUUCAAUAGUGAAAAGGUGUUUUAUUCUGGAGGGAUUUCAGAUGGUUAAGUUUAUUAGUCUGUUUUGUACACAUGGUGGCGCCAAAGCCAAACAAAUAAUUUGAAGGAUUUCCAUACAGUUGAGACAGCAGCUUUGAAACAAGCACAUAAUUGUGAUAAUACAAAUAAUUUUCAAAUGUAUUAAAUCAUGAAAUAAAAUGUU